CGCUCACGUACGCGCGCGCUCGGUGUCAGUCAAGCCUGUCUGUCAGUCAGUCAGUCAGUCCGCUGAGUUAGUUGAGUGAACUAAACGCCAAGGAGAAACAUCAGCGGAGCAAAAAGAAGGAGAAUAAAGAAGCCCUGCGCGAGGGGCGGGAGGUGGGGGGAGAAGAGCGGACCCACACUUACACUCGCAGAGAGAGAGAGAGAGAGAGAGAGAGAGAGAGGGAGAGAGAGAGGGACGACGCGCAUCCAAACACAACAAAACUCUCCACGUGCUUUGUUUUUUCCGUUUUUAUUAUUUAAAAAAAAGCCAAAAAACAACAAAACACACGGUCUGUGCGCGUGAACCAUGACGGCGAAGACUUUGGAGAAAAGCCCCGUGUUCGUGCACCCGCUGUCCGAGGGCAUUUACUCUGUGGACGAGCUCAGCACCUCCCUCACCGUCUACCCGAGCGGAGACGCGCCGGCCCACUACGAGCACAUGACCGCAGAUGGCUUGAUUAAUGAUAUGAGUGUGGAGAAGCGGUCACUAGACUUGUCCUACGCCAGCAGCUUCGCUCAGCCGGCAGCUCCCCGAAACCAGACCCUUACCUACAUGGGCAAGUUCUCCAUCGACUCGCAGUAUCCGGCCAACUGGAACCCGGAGGGCGUGAUCAACAUUGUCAGCGCGGGUUUCCUGGGCAUGGCCCAACCUUCCUCAGCCUCCUCCUCUCCAUCCUCCUCCGUCUCUCCGGGCCACUUUUCCAGCACCCUCAGCUGCACAGCACCACAGACUCAGGCUGACAUGGACCACAUCUAUUCCCCUCCGCCUCCUUAUUCGGGGUGCGGAGAGGUGUACCAGGAUCCUUCGGCAUUUCUCUCAACUUCAGCUUGCCCCAUCUCCUCGUAUCCUCCUCCAUCCUACUCCUCGCCCAAGGCCACAGCAGAUGCCAGCGUCUUCCCCAUCAUUCCAGACUACGCAAGCUUCUUCCAGCCACCAUGCCAGAGGGACAUACCAACUAUUCCAGAGCGGAAACCCUUCUCCUGCCCACUGGACUCCUUCCGGGUGGCUCCUCCCCUCACCCCACUCAAUACCAUCCGGAACUUUACCUUGGGUGCCCCGCCUGUGUCCGAGGGUUCCCGGCUUCCAGCGGCAGCCUACGGUCCCCAGAACCUUCCUUUGAGGCCGAUUCUGCGGCCCAGGAAGUACCCGAACCGUCCCAGCAAGACUCCAGUGCAUGAGCGGCCAUAUCCUUGUCCGGCAGAGGGCUGCGACAGGCGCUUCUCCCGCUCCGAUGAACUCACACGCCACAUCCGCAUCCACACGGGUCACAAGCCCUUCCAAUGCCGGAUAUGCAUGCGCAACUUCAGCCGCAGUGACCACCUGACCACGCACAUUCGCACGCACACGGGAGAGAAGCCUUUCGCCUGUGACUUCUGUGGACGGAAGUUCGCCCGCAGUGAUGAGCGCAAGAGGCACACCAAGAUUCAUCUGAGGCAAAAGGAAAGGAAGUCAUCUACAGCCCCCUCAAACUCAGAGCGCUCCAUCAGCAUCGGAUCCUCAGCCGUCUGCUCAUCCAGCUCGGGCCAGUAAGCCCACCCCUUCCCCCCCCAAGACCAGCAGUUCCUUACCCCUGCUCAGUUUUCUUGCUCACAUAAACUUGAUCCAACUAAUCAGCAAUUUAACAAGCCCUUCCUGAAUUGAAAAGCAGGAUGUGCAGAACAGCAUUCCAGGACAAGGUUUGGGAACAAGUGCCCAAUAUGACUAGCAGGGCAGCACGCAACACUAGGCAAUAUCCACAGUCUCCUGCAAAGCUGGGGAGGGGAACAAAACUGGAAAGCCAAAGGACAUGAAUGAAGGACGGGGAAGAUGCACGAUUCCUCAGUUUCUUUUACUGCUUUUUCUUUUGGCCCCUAGUCUUGGUCGCAUGUUGACUGAUCAAAACGCACUUUGUUUAUCAUAUUUAGGUCAAAUAAUUUAAUGAAAUAACAGCAGCAUGUGGGACUACAUGUUCUAAUUACAAAGUGCAAUGCACGUUUGGUUGAGACAGGACUCGUGACCUGGUCUGUGGGUCAUUGUGAAAGCUCACUGCUACAGCCUCAUUUUUGCAAUAACGCAGAAGCGAUUCAAACGAUUCUCGGCAAGCUGAACCUAAUAUAGAUUUAUUGUGCCUUUGUAUCGUGUCUUUUUGUACAUAGCCGCAUACGCGAAGAGGCUUUGAAAUAAAAUUGUACAGUGGUCCUUUAAUAAGAAAGUUUUUGAGAAAAAAAUAUAUAUUUUUGUAUAAACUGUUUCGUGUCGCAAGUGUUCCAACUGUGGUAAAAAGAAAUGUAAAUAAUUGGAGUCAUACAUGUGGCGCUUGUUUUGUGGAUGUUCUCACUGAUAUGUUGUGUUUGGAAUGAGAUAACUAACGCAGGUCAGUGGCUUGCUGGCUUAACUUUCUCUGUCAUCGUGAUGAAAUAAUAAAUAAAACUUGAAUUGAGA